AUGCUAACAAAUCCUCGAGGAAGAAGAAAUGUUGUACCGCUAUCCCGGAGACACGAGGCUACCCAGAAGGAUGUGAGUGAUUGGUCGAGACGAGAUAGAAGUCAGUCGGAAAUGUGUCUUCACGAUCGUUCUACUUGGGGUGGUCACCGAGGGCACAUCCUCUUUACUACCGUUGAAGUCUCCCAUCGCUUUCUUUGGCCAGAAAAUUCCGAUUCCGGUACUAUCCGUGUAAUUGUGGGAACCGUCAACAAUGGGUGGAAUACAGCAUGGCUGAGGACGGCCUACGUGCACAUCUCCAGAGGUAAGAGGUGCCGCGCUAGGGUCAGGGACACCGUAAGAGACAAUGGCCAAUUUGUUCACGGGGGGAUGUGUGUACUCCUUCACUGCCAUCAGGUGACGCCACGUGCCUUCUCCAAGAGCUGUUGUUUGUUAUUAAAGGCCUUCUUUGGUAGUACUUGGGAAGAAAAGGCGGGUUAUCCAAUAGGUCACUGCCUUGACUAUUCCUGUCAAAGUGUGAAGGUCGUAUGUUAUAACAUUAGGUGGGCACCAAACUUAGAAUGA